GGAAGAAAACCGACCCAAAAAGAAUACACAUACAUUUAAUAGCAUACCAAUAUGGCGAAAAAAUCGUUCUUUAAAAAUGGAAAUGUUAAUCACCGAUGAAGGGAUCGAUAUAUAAGUGCAACAAUUUUGAAAGAGGUCAUCAUGUUUACAUGAACAUUUGGAACUCUAUCGUUGGACAGUGUUUAAAAUGCAAAAAAUGGAAAAGAACGCAGUUGCUGUGAUUAGCAUCAAUUAUCGCAAUGAAGAACAGCUUCCGAUCAUGAUGGACGAGUAUAAUGCGUGUAAGUCAUAUUCUCUGUUGAGAAUGAAAUACGGAUAUGCUGUGAUAAAUAUUCACCUAUGUAUACACACCAUCCAAAUAAACUAUCUGAGUUCAUCACAGACAUAUUGCCGCACGUAGCGUGGUGGGUUCGUCUGCAGCUCCCAGUUCUAGGGACCGCGGAUCGAAUCCCGCACGCUUCCAGGCAGUAUGUUAGUGAUGAACAAAGUAGUUCUUCUUCAAUAAGAACAGCUUGUUGGUCAGGUGCUGAAAAAUAUUUCCAAAAUAGUUUCUAUUUUCCUAUUCUUGCCAUAUUGUUGCGUGCGCAUCGUUGUUACUGGAAAACCCAUCAACCGUGGAGGUGGGUAUUGUUUAGAAAUUCCCUCAGAUUUUUAUUUGCAUGGCUUUGAGAUAUCUAUAAACUGGUUUAAAUGAAAAUUAUUAUUUAAUUCAUUAGGUCCAAGAAGAAAACAUAAAUUAUUUAAAAGAAAAUAAUAAAAAAUAUAAAAACAUUCUAAAAACAUAUUUUUUCUGUGUUCACUAUUUAGAGGUAUUUCUAGGCACAAAUUUCAAUCGGGAUCCAAAAAGAGUGACUGUUAAAGAGAGGUGUCCGCUAAAAAUUGUCCCUUACAUACAGGGAUGAGAGUUUGACCGUAAUUACAACCUUUCUUUACAAAACUAGCUCUAGCUACUUUAAAACCAACUGCAACAUUUUUGUCAAAGGGCUGUAUACUAAUUUUUAUUUGCAACAUUCAAUUUCUACGUUCUAUGACAAAAACAUAGCUAUCUAGCUGCAUAGAAACAAAACAUAUUACAACUUUCAAAAUUGAAUUCUGUUAUAGCACCCGCAUUGGAUGUACAUAUUUGAGGUAGCACAUGAAAAAUUUGCUUUUGAAAUCCAACUUAAAAUGCUCUCUUCAAGCUCUUGCAACCAAUGUUGGAGACGAAAAGAUUCUUUCGUGCAUAGCUAAAGUUAGGUAUAGAAAAAUACCACGCCUUGUAUGUAAGCUAUGAAUUUGUGAGCUAUAAAGUCUAGUGUCGUGUUCAAGUCAACAUCGGUUAUUCGAAUUGGCGUGUUAUGUGUCAAUCUGACGAAUUUAUAAAAAUUACUUAAUUUUUAUUAAAGAUCCAUCACAUUGUUCUUAUAGACAUGUAGACAACAGUUGUUUGUCUACGGUGAAUCAUCAUUCCUUUCUUUUUAUCAUAUCAGCUUUUUGACCAUGGAGGUAAGAAAUACAUUACCAAAUUUGGAAUUAGUUUUUAAUUGCAUCCAUGUGUGGUACAUUUAAGAUUGUUUCCAUAGCAGCAUGGAUAAAUGAGCAGAAUAUUUUUUUACCAAUUACAUGACAGUUUAAGUGAUUCAAAAGUUUACAAACAUUGCUUCAUACUUUUUAUAUUUGAAAGUUAUUGUUUUUCUUUAUUAGCUCUCCCCCGCUACUUUUCUACAUAAUAGAAAGGCUUAAGCUUUCCCAUAUCUUGUCAAGCUAGAAAACUAUAUGCCUUUGAUGCCUCCCACUACACUCAAUGCAGAGGUUUUCAUUCAUUACCCUUUAAUUUAAUAGCUUAUUGCGACUUUGAUUUGUUUAAAUGUCGUAAAUAGACAAUAUAUUCAAUCACCCCAUCAGGAGAUUGUCUUUUAAAGCUGAAGUUAUAUAAUGAAAAAAGUACAAAACUGAUAUAAAGCACAAUGCACUGGAUAAUUAAAUACAAGUUAUGAAAAACUAUAAAAACUGACUGAGCAAUUUGGCAGCAUAGUUCAUUUGCACUUAAAAUAUGAAGAGCUACAUCCCUCUAACGUUCGUACUUCUCACAUUUAUAGUGGAAGGUGUGAAUGCAGACUGCUUGAUUGCUGAUGUUACAACUAGCUCGUGGUCAUCUGGAAGAAAUGGAAAGUUGCUUAUCCCGGCAAAAAAUCAAGACCGGAUUGUUAUCUUUAUUUCGACACCCGUUUCGGGAUUUAACCCUCAUUGUCUGAAGCGAGUUUCCAAAACUGGAACGAAGUAUGUAUUUAAAAUCCGAAGUUGGUGUCCCUUCGAAGAUGGAAAAAGAAAAAUUGAAUACAACAUGAAUUAUAAGCAAGAAAAUAAAGCAAUAAUCCAAAAAAUCAAAAUAUCGAAAAAAGUUUAUUGUAGUGAUACUGUGUCACCUUCGUCUACUCCACAACCAAGGGUACCGCCUGUUGUUACUUCUUCAUGUGUAUCUUAUAUUACUGCACUAAAUGAAGAAGUUGGAUAUGAGAAUGGUGACAUUAAGUUACCUACACCAAAUACAGUUUCUGAUUGGAGUUUAACGGUAUGUACUUUUCUUUUCUUUCUUCUACCUUUUCUAAUUUUCCAUUCGGUUCACGACAUUUUAUGACUCUUCCUGAAAGUGCAAUAAUGGUGAAAGCAACGAGACUCUUAUGUAGUUUUAUAAUACUUUAUUGAGUUAAAUCCACAUCCAAGUUUUUUUCCUUAAAAAAUUAGUUUAUCUACUAUACUUCUGUUCAGAGUCUGAGAGGAUAGUAGACUGAAUUGGAUCCACUGCUGUGCAAACAAUAUAAACGAAACCGAUCUUUUUUUAUCUUUUUUGUUUAACUGAAAAUGUCCAAUAACGGAAUGUCGUCGAUGACAACUCUUUAAUUUUUUCACCUUUUUUUAAUUCCACUAAAUCGGCUUUGAUGGCUCCUAUAAUGGAUUUAACAUAAUUGAAGGACAAAUUACUGAAAAUAAAAAUUGUUUGAAAACCUAUUCGGCAUAUAAUCACAACAAACAAUUAACUGCCGGAGAUAAACUCAUCCUCACGUAUCACCUAAAUUAUGACAAAUCAAAAGUUAAACCCAAUAUUGUUUACGUCGAAUUAAAAAGUGGUAAAAAUAAUCAAUUGACGUGUGGAAUAAAACCGUCAUGUUCUGUAACUACAACAACAACGACGAUGACAACGCCAACAACGGCGACGACGUCAACAAAAGCGUCAACGACUGUAUCAGGAUCAACUGGAAGUAGCUCAUGUGAUUCCUAUAUUUCAUCAAAUCCAUGGCAAGGAGGAGAUGCUGGAAGUAUACAGUUUAAAGUUCCCGAAACUUCUAAUGGUUGGACACUCGAAAUUGGUUUUAAUUAUCCUCCAACAGAUUUCUUUAUGUCAGAAGCGCGACGAAUCAAUGGAGGUUCGAGAUGCACGUAUGAUUUUACUAAUUGGGUUUACAAUAAGAAUGUAAACGCUGGAUCAAUUGUAAAAUUUGACUUUAACUUUCAUUAUCAAUGGGAUUCGACAAUUGUUCCAAAAAUUGAAUUUCUUUCUUUUUCGUCGACGUCUGUUAUUUGUGGUGCUCCUUCAUCAUGUUCAGCAACACAGCCAACAACAACGACAACAACAACACUGCUGUCAUCUUCUUCGACAUCAACGUCAAGAUCACCAGCCCCGUCGACAUCAACAUCAACAUCAAUUUCCACACCGGCGUCUUCUUCCACAUCAACUUCCAGGGCGCCAUCCACGUCGACGUCAACAACAACGUCAACUUCCAGAUGGUCCUCUUCUGCCACAUCAACUUCAACGUCGUCAUCCCCGUCAAUGGCGACAUCAACGUCAACUAUCGGAUCUUCGUCUUCUUCCACAUCAACUUCAAGAUCACCAACCCCGUCGACGUCAAAAACAUCGUCUACUUCAUUCUCAACAAAUACUUCAACUGUCACGUCGACACCAAGCACGUGUGAGCCGGACUAUAAUUAUGCAGAUGUCAUAAAAAAAUCGUUGAUGUUUUAUGAAGCUCAGAGGUCUGGUCAGUUACCUAUUACAAAUCGAAUACCUUGGCGUUUAACAUCAACAUUAAACGACGGAAGCCUUGUCGGUGUUGAUCUGUCAGGCGGUUACUUUGACGCUGGCGACUUUGUAAAAUUCACAUUUCCAGCUGCUUCAGCGAUAACUGUGCUAGCGUGGGGCAUGCUAGAAUUUGAAGAGGGUUAUAAAUUUGCUGAUCAGUACCAGCAAGGGUUAGAUGCUAUUAAAUGGGCAACGGAUUUUUUUAUCAAAUGUCACACAGAAAAAUAUAAAUUUUGGGCACAAGUUGGCGAAGGUCACAUAGAUCAUGCUUCGUGGGGCCGUGCCACUGAAUUAGACGAUUCCACAAGAAAAUGUCAUGCAUUAAGUCCAGGUAAACCUGGAUCUGACUUGCUUGGAGAAGUAUCUGCCGCAUUAGCAGCCAAUUCUCUCGUUUUUAAGAAAGUAGAUUCACUUUAUUCUGAUAACCUAUUGAAUCAUGCCAAAGAUUUGUAUGAUUUUGCUAAGACAUACAAGGGAAAAUAUUCUGACAGUAUUUCUGAUGCAAAAGUUUUUUAUAACUCAUGGAGCGGUUAUUAUGAUGAACUAGCUUGGGCAGCAUCCUGGCUUUACUAUGCAACUAACGACCUGAUUUAUCUCACCGAUGCUGAGGCAACAUGGAACAGCGGUCAAAUGAGUCAAAUUUCAGAAGGAUAACAAGGGAA